AUGGCCACCUCGGCCCCGGGCUCAAAACCCAAGCCCUCGGCUGCCACGAACAAGCCCUUUGUGCUCGUCCCGCUGUACAUCUACCCGUUCCCGACGGCCUGGGAACCCCUCUACGUGGCGGCCGACUCCCAUCCCGAGCUAGAAUUUCUCGUGGUGGUCAACCCGAACAGCGGGCCAGGACCCGGCAUCCUCCCCGAUGCCAACUACAUCGAGGCCCUGGCCAGGCUGACCGCGGCCCCGAACGUCAAGGUCAUUGGCUAUGUCCACUGCAGCUACGGGAAGAGACUGCUGGACGAGCUCGUGGCCGAGGUGAGCGCGUACCGCGGGUGGACGCACGCUUCAGAGCGCAGGGAGGAUGGCAAGACCAUCGUGGUGGACGGCAUCUUCUUCGACGAGGUCCCGUCGAGUACGUUAUUUGUCCAGUACAUGACCUCGCUGGCGAAUGCCACCAAGACAAUUCUCAACCGGAGUCCUGCUCCUGGGCAUGCCGGGGACGAUGCGGACGAGGGCGCCGAAGCGAACGACGUCUCAGCCGCAGAGCUUGAUCCCACACCGCCAACAUCGACCGCCAGCCCUGCGUCUCCCCGCUCGCCGGCAUCAGCAGCAACACGGCCGCCGCCGGGGCUGGCAGCGCCAUCGCCGCCGCCCAACUCGACCGCCAUCGUCAUCUACAACCCGGGCGUAGUGGUCGACCCCAUCUUCUACCUCGCAGCAGACUACAUUGUCGCCUUUGAGAACGCCUCGCGCCAGUGGAACGCGCCGGCCGUGACGCAGGGCUUCUCACGCCUGCCGCGGCCCCUGAGGAAGAAGUCGAUCGCCGUGGCGCACAGCGCGGCAGGCGGCUUCGUGGAGAUCGGGCAGCUCAGCAGGAAGUGCUUCGAGCUGGGCUGCCCGGGCCAGUUCAUCACCACGAGGCCCGGGUACGAGGACUGGUGCCCUUCCUGGCCCGAGUUCGUCAAGGAGAUGGCGCGGCGAGCAGCCGUCUGA